AUGAUUACUCUUGACCCUCAGAGUAGAUCCGAAUUUCACAAGUGGCUGUCAGAGGCCGCAGUCAAUGCGCACUGCAAGGAAGGCAUUUCAUGCGAGCAGCCAUUAAGUGCUAGAUUUCCACAGCUUCACAGUCUCGUGCUCAAAGGCAAGGUCUUCACACGGCAUCUGAUGGAUCUGAUAAAGAACCUGUCUCCUACAUUGAGGAGUUUGCAUCUCAUCAAUGUGACGCUAUUACGCGGCCCGGACAUGGACGAUGGAGAGAACCUUUGGACAGGUUUCCUUGAGGAGAUAGGCCCGUUCAGCGAGCGACUCGAGGAGUUCUUUCUUAAUAGGCCAUCACAUACAGAUUCCUUAGACCGAAAGGAAGCUGUCAGGUUCAGGUCGGGCCAGUAUAUCCUCCAAUGGAACCGAUGUGUAACGCCUCCUGACAUGCGCCGCGAGUUGGAGGAACUGUCGCGACAGAUCGAGAACAACUACCCCUAG